UUUGCAUUAUUAAUUUGUCUUACAAAUUUGUCUAAUGAGGCCAAGGUACAUCACUUACAGUGCAUCGCAGGAAAAUAAAAGGUCGUCGUUUUCAAUAACUUUGAUCAGUAACUUUGGAUUUCAAAUAUUUUAGAGUUUCCUAAAAUCUUCGGUCCAAAGUUUAGGAAAAGUCACUCGAGCCACUAUGACGAAAACACUAAGCAAGACUGUAUCUGACACAUUAAAGGAAAUGAUUGUAGAAAGGGGGUUGUGCUUGCUGUUAAUCAUUGAAUUAGUGCAGAGGCUGGUAUCUGCUCAGUGGACUCAGUAAGAGACAAUGAGAGCACAAAUGUAAAAAAAAAAUAACACCUAGCAGAGUGGAAAGGAUCGGGGGAAAACACAUUUUUCUUAUUUCAGCGAAGCCUGUCACGCACGCUGACAGUAUCAAAGAAUAGCUGGAAGACUUUUCAUGGUGUUUCUUAUCAGUGAAGAUGUUAGCUGUUCAUCUCAUUUCCUUCUUUUUCUCCAAACUCCAGGAGGACCCCACAAAGAAGGUCGACAGGUUUCUGCAUGCAAUGCGCCUCCAUGACGACCAGUUAAUUGAUAUCUCAGCUCGUUUCCAGGCUGAAAUGAAGAAGGGGCUCUCAGCUGAAAGUUCGGCCGCCGCAGCUGUAAAAAUGCUGCCGACACAUGUCCGCUCCACUCCUGAUGGCUCAGAGAAGGGACAGUUUCUGGCACUGGAUCUUGGAGGCUCCAAGUUUAAGGUGCUCCAGGUUAAGGUGAGAGAGGGGAUGGGGGUCAGGAAGGGAGGAGUGGAGAUGGAGGAGAAGAUCUACCCUAUAUCAAAGGAGCUGCUCAAUGGGAGAGCACCAGAGUUAUUUGACCAUGUGUCAGAAUCUCUGAAGGACUUUCUUCGUGUAAAGAACAUCAGUCUGGAGAAGAAACAUCCUCUGGCAUUCACUUUUUCUUUCCCCUGCGAACAGACCCGCUUGGAUAAGGGAUUACUGUUGAGCUGGAGUAAGAACUGCCGGGCUCGAGGCCUUCAGGGGAAAGAUGUGGUCCAGGCUCUCAGAGAGGCUAUUGACAGAACUGGGGGAAUGGACAUAGAAGUGUUAGCGAUGGUUAAUGAUACUGUGGCGACAAUGAUGACCUGUGGUUUUGAUGAUCAGUACUGUGAUGUAGGACUCAUCAUUGGCACAGGCACCAACGCGUGUUACAUGGAGGAGCUGCGUCAUGUUGACCUGGUGGAGGGAGACGAGGGCAGGAUGUGUGUGAACACUGAGUGGGGAGGCUUUGGGGACAAUGGGGCCCUGAAUGAUUACAUAACAGAGUUUGACCAGGAUGUUGAUGCAACCUCUAUCAAUCCUGGAAAACAAAUCUUUGAGAAGAUGGUCAGUGGGAUGUAUCUGGGUGAACUAGUGAGGCUGGUUGUAUUAAAGAUGACUAAACUGGGACAGCUGUUUGAUGGACUCGUGUCUGAUGCCCUGAUGACCAAAGGGAAGAUAACCACAGCACACGUGGCAGCCAUGGAGGAGUAAGUUGUCUUUAUCUCUCUGGGUCACAUGGCGUCU